GACUAGUUAAGACCAAUAAUAUAUGAGUUGUUUUAGUUGAACUAGAGUGAGUAAAUGCAACCUUCCCCUCUUUCAGCUUUUGAACACAAACUAAAUUCCUUCACAUGCUCUUUUACUCUCUCUCUCUCUCCUCGCAUCCUAGCUAGGCUAUAAAAGGACUUGCCAAUUGCCAUCUCUCUCCCACUAAUUGACCAUCUUCUCUAGAUCCUCUCUCUCUCUUCUCAGCCAACACUCGGUCGAUUAAGCUAGCUAAGUCAUCAUCAUACAUAUACCGGCCUCAACACUUCCCUGUGUUCUCCUCUCAGCUCAGCAACAGCAAAAAUUAGCAGCAUGGCCGCAGCACAGCAGAGCAGGAGCAGGAGCAGCGCCGCCGCCGCCAAGGCUGCAGCUUGCUCCCCUGGCGCCGGCGGUCCCGUUGAGGUCGGCGAGAAGCUGGAGCUCCGGCGUGGCCCGUGGACCGUCGACGAGGACCUCACCCUCGUCAACUACAUCGCCGACAACGGCGAGGGCCGCUGGAACAACCUCGCCCGCGCCGCCGGUCUGAAGCGGACGGGCAAGAGCUGCCGGCUGCGGUGGCUCAACUACCUCCGGCCCGACGUGAAGCGCGGCAACUUCAGCGCCGACGAGCAGCUGCUCAUCCUCGACCUCCACACCCGCUGGGGCAACCGGUGGUCAAAGAUCGCGCAGCACCUGCCGGGCCGGACGGACAACGAGAUCAAGAACUACUGGAGGACACGGGUGCAGAAGCACGCCAAGCAGCUCAACUGCGACGCCAACAGCAAGCGAUUCAAGGACGCCAUGCGCUACCUCUGGAUGCCGCACCUCGUCGACAUCGCCGCCGCUGCUGCCACCGACGACGAGCACCACCACCACCUAAGCCUCCUCCACCACCACCAGCAGCAGCAGCAGGAGGUUGCGGGCGGCGCUGGCAACAACGGCGACCUUGCUGCUGCUGGCUACGCCGCCGCCGCCGACGUCCAGCUGCAUGCUCUGUCGUCGUCGGGCUUGACGACGACGGGGAUGACGACGACGACGACGUCGUCGUCCGACUCGUUCGCGUCGGGGUCCUACGAGGACGGCGGGGGCCUGCGUCAGUUCGCGAACGUGCUUGCCGGAGAGAUGCUCCUCGACUGCGGCGGCGGAGACUGGGCGGCGGGGCAGGAGGCCAACAACCAGGGGCUGUGGCCGUCGUUUGAUUAUGAUCAGUCGGUGCCGGCGCAGGCUGCCGCCGCCGCCGGCGGCGGCGGCCAGUUUCAGGACCCGGAGCUCAGUGGAUGGGUGCAAGGCUUCUCCGAGAGCAUUACCGAUAACUUUUGGGCCUUGGAGGAAAUUUUGAGGAUCUAAUCGGCAAUUUGACGUUUCCCCACGUCCAAUUCAAAGGGCUGAAAUAUACAUACGAGACUAGUGAUGUUGACAUUAGAUAUAACUUAAGAAACAGAAGUCAUAUAUAAUACUCUUUAAUUAUAUAUAGUUAUAUAUAUACUAACUCCAAAGAUACUAUAAUACGAAAUAUGAAAGUUGUAUACCUCUUUUUUAUAUUUUUGGUCAGUCUUUUUUUUUUGCCUCAUAAGGUUCAAUUCUUAUAGAGGUUGGAAAAGAGGGUAUUGUUUAUGCAAGGUUGAAACAAUAUUGUUGUGUGUACAAUGUUAGUAUGUAGCGGUGGCACCAGGGAGGCCCAUUUAUUUGUUAGCCUCCUCUAGUCUAGUGACAGAAAGGGGCAAGUAUAUAUGAAUAUAUUAUUCCACUCAAAAAUGUCUAUUAUUAUUAUUA